AUGCUGGCCGCCGCUACGAAGAGCUUCGCGCGCGUCGCCAGCGCCGCCGGAUCGCGCCGUGCACCGCUUAUCAGCGCACAGCUCUCUUUCUUUUCCACAGAGACAGCCACUGCCGCGACGCCUGCAGCUGAGAAGCCCAAGCGCACCAAGCUCAAGAUCCCAACCAAACGCGCCGCGUCGUUGCUGCAGCAGUUGGAGGCGGAAGCCGUGGCCAAGGCCUCGGAGGGAAAGGACAUUGACAACUUUAAGCCCGGUGACUCAGUCGAGGUGCAAUACCUGCUGAGCCGUACGGGCGGCCGCGUACAGCGCGUCAAGGGCGUCGUGCUUGCGCGGCGAAACCGUGGCACGGGCAGUUCCUUCGUCAUUCGCAACCACAUUGGCGGCUACGGCUACGAGCAGAAGAUUUUCCUGCACUCACCUCUGCUUCAGAGCGUCAAGAAAUUGCAGGAGGCGUUUAUCCACAAAGGCAAGAAGCGCGUACGUCGUGCAAAACUUUUCUAUCUGCGUGAGAAGGCACCCAGCUUCACCACAGUCUAG